AUGUUCAGUUCAAACGGUACCAGAGUCCACCGCUCCACCUUCAUCCUGCUUGGCAUCCCGGGGCUGGAGGCCACCCACAUGUGGAUCUCCAUCCCCUUCGGCCUGGUCUACCUGAUGGCCCUGCUGGGGAACUUUGCUCUUCUCAUCAUCAUCAAGAUGGAAUCCAGUCUCCAUGAGCCCAUGUACCUCUUCCUCUGCAUGCUGGCGGGAGCUGACCUGGUCGCCUGUACUACGGCAGUACCCAAGCUACUCAGCCUCUUCUGGUUCAAUGAUGGGGAGAUCUCCUUCGAAGGCUGCCUCACCCAGAUGUUUGUGAUCCACUCUCUCUCCACCAUGGAGUCUGGGUUCUUCCUGGCCAUGGCCUUCGACCGCUACGUAGCCAUCUGCCACCCACUGAGACAUUCUGCCAUCCUGACCCACUCGGUCGUUAGAGGGGUGGGGUUGGCCGUCGUCCUCCGUGGGAUCCUGCUGCGCAGCCCCCACCCCUUCCUGCUCAGGAGGCUUCCCUACUGUCGGACCAACAUUAUCGCCCAUACCUACUGCGAGUUCAUGACGCUAGUCAAGCUAGCUUGUGCUGAGACUAGGGUCAUCCGGGCCUAUAGCCUCACUGUCGCCUUCCUCACUGGAGGGUUGGACUUUCUGCUGAUCAUCUGUUCGUACAUCCUCAUCCUCCGGGCCGUGUUUCGCCUCCCCUCCAAGGAUGCCCGGCUCAAGACACUGGGGACAUGCGGCUCCCAUGUCUGUGUGAUCUUGGUGUUCUACACCCCGGCCUUCUUCUCCUUCCUCACACAGAGGUUUGGGCACCACAUCACCCCCCACAUCCACAUAUUUGCAGCCAACAUCUACAUCCUGGUGCCCCCUAUGGUGAAUCCCAUCAUCUAUGGGGUGAAGACCAAAAGGAUCCGUGAGAAAGUCCUCAAGUUCCUCUUCUCCAUAAAAGUCCUGAAAGUCUAUUGA